AUGUUAAUGUCAAUUGCAAGAUUAACUGCUAAUGAAUAUCGAAGUUUGAUGAAAUUCAUUAUAUUUGUUAUUGAUAAUUUAUAUGAUGAAAAUAACAAUGAAGUAGAUAAUUUUGUAAAUAAUGAUGAUCUUACGAAAUUGUACGAAUAUUGGAAUGAAAUGUAUAUUUUAAGUAGAUAUGAAGAAUUUAGUGAAAGUGACUUGGAGAAAUUUAAUAUAAAACGUCAAGCAAUAUCUAUUAGAAUGUCUCAACAUUCAGUGAAUCCGGCAAAAACACCUCUCACUUGUAAAUUUUCUGCAAGACUCUUUGAUUUCUCUUUACAUUAUGCAAAUACAUUUUUUAAUGAAAAAAAAGAUUCCGUAGACAAUAAAAUGCAGACUGGUUUUGCUAGAUUUAUAAGUUGUCUGGAUUCAUAUCUAGAUUUACUUGAUGGUUUCACAAUUAUUGUAUGGUUUAGCGACAUAGCUAUUUCAAUGGAUUCUGAAGAAUCAAAUGAUUAUAUAUCAGACAAAGGACUUUGUUAUGGACAGGCCUUAUUGUUAGCAGAAGUAUUAACAGACCCACCGCUAAAUCUUGCAUUAAUUCAAUGGUACGAUUUUUAA